AUGGGUAUAAAGGCUAAAAAUGGAAUUGAGAUGGUGAGUAGAUCCGUUAUUUCGCCUUUGAACGUUCUUGAAGAUGUUCACGAUUUCAAGGGUGAAUUUUUGAAUCAAUCUCAACACAAGCGCAGUGAAACUGAGCUGUUAUUUACAGAUCUAGCUUUGUAUCGACAAAGAUCAGGCCAGUUUACGCGAUGGUGUAGUGAUAUGAAAGGUAAUUUCAUCUGCCGAACGGCUCCAAAUAACUACAUUUCAUUGCACCGGGAGGCAAGGAGAGAUUCAGACGGCGGCACAACCAUGAUGGGGCCAUGGAGUAUUGGUUGGAGAGUGCUGGUC